UGGCCACUGAGAGAUCACAGACUGCAGAGCAUGAGGGACCAAAGAGGUGGGGACUGAGAAGAACAGGAAGUGAGAAUCAUGUUAAAACGAGCUGAACCCUCUUACGGAUACACACACACACACACAAACAAGCAUCAUGCAUAUGGCUACCACUCAGCUACUCUUCCUCUCCAUCAUCUUCCUCUUUGUACUGCCAGGUGCUGAUGCUGGAGCUGUGUCCACAGUGAGUAAUGUAGCUGUACAGACAGGAAGAUCUGUCACCAUCCCAUGUCACUAUGAUAAGAAAUACGAAAAGCAAGUGAAAUACUGGUGUCGGGGGUCAGAUUGGAAUACGUGUCGUACUCUAGUACGAACUGACUCUCCAAAAGUCGAAGGUGAAACAUCAAUCACUGAUGACCCUACACAUCAUGUAUUCACUGUUACCAUGACAAAGCUGAAGACAGAGGACUCUGGAUACUACUGGUGUGGUAUAGAGAUCAAUGGUGGUGGAGAUGAGAGCACACGUCUGUACCUGUCUGUCACUGCAGGCACUCCUGGACUCUGGGUUGACCAGCAGGAGGUGAUCGGUGUGGAAGGGGGCCAUGUCAGUGUGCAGUGUCACUAUGAUGAACCGAGCAGCAUGAAGAAGUGGUGCAGGGCUGAGGGCUCCGGUAUGGAAUUGAAUUUUGGUAAAUCUGGAAGAGCAGAGAUCAAAAAUGGCCGUUCUAAAAAUGUCUUCAUUGUGACGAUGAGGGAGCUGAACAGAGAGGACACAGGCUGGUAUUGGUGUGCUGCUGGAGAACUACAGAUCCCUGUUCACAUCACUGCCGCUCAAGAAACUACAACUACCACAUUCUGGACUUCGAGCUUGCUGACAGAUGCCAUCGCAUCUCCCUCUGAAGCCCACAAGCAGUACACACUGGUCAUCACAACAGAAGCACCUUUUACUGUGUUCGACUCUUCUACUUCCUAUGUCCAGAAGCCCAGUUGUCCAGAACACGGAAGCCAGCCGUGUUCCAGUGCACCGACGAGCUUGGAACGGACUCUGGGGGCGCUACGCCACGCCGGGGUUGCUUUGGUGUUCCUAAUAUGCUCCGCCGUCGCCUUUUGGAAGAUUUGGCGAUACCGCAGAGCGCAGCACUCGAGAAAGAAUAGAGAAGUCGUGGGACGUUACGCAAAUAACACCGCAGAGCCCUGCAAUCUACUGACCAUGGAUGUGAUGUAGAGUCGCUCUGAUGUCAUCAUCACCAGAAUCGUUCCAGCCUCAGCUUUAACGCCUCAAUAUCUGCACCUAUCACCUGCCACAGUUUCUAUCCUAUUUUAAUUAUAUGAUGAUGUUUAUUAAUAAUUUUGACCAUGUGCUCAUCAAUUGUGUUAUUUUUAUCUAUGUACUGUAACAGGUUACACAUAUUUACAGAAGGUAUAUGCUAUCUGCAUUAUGAUAUAUAAUUCCCAAUGUGUUACUUACAAUGAAGCCUGUUAAAAAUUGGUUACAAACGCAAAUAAUAAUUAAGUAUUUCAGAAUCCCAACUGCAAUUCUGUUUACAUCACUGAACUAUUUAAGAAGAGUUAAUUGAUUUAUAUGCACAAGGGAAGAGGUCUCUAUUUUUUACAGUCUCUGGUCUGGAUGCUCUAAAACGUGAGGAACCCGAUGAUUCACGAUUGGAACCGUUCCUCUCCGUGCUCAGAACUGUUCGGCCCUGCAGUGGAAAAGGGGCUAAAUGCAACCAUUCAGCCCACUUGAAAUGUUUGACUCUGCUGCCCUCUGCUGGAUUAAAAAGAUACCCUCCAUUUACUCACGUAAUAAUGUACUGAUUCCCUCUGCUGGACAAACUGGAAACGUUCAAAUCUUUACUAGGAGAUUAAAAAUCAUGAUAUAGGUAACUGGCACAAAAAGAAAAAUAAUCUAAAUAUUAUUAUUAUUAUUGUUAUUAUUAAUAAUAAUAAUCUAAAUAAUAAUAAUAAUAAUAAUAAUCUAAGAUCUAAGUUGUUCUUAGAGUCUUCAUGGAUAUGAUGACCUGCAUUCAGAGGUCCAAUACUAGCUUAGUUAUCCUGUCCUGACUUCCAGUCAGCGAUUUCCUGUCAGUAAAGCUUUAUGCUAUACAAGUAAAGAAAGAAAAUGUGAUAUUUAACCUGUGUGUUUAGUUUGGGACAAAUUUUCCCAUUUUAAACUUUUAGUAAAGAGGAAUGAUAUUGUUGACAGAUGUAUUUUAUAACCAGUGACUAAUCCUGUCUAAGUUUGGUUAUUGUUUUGUGUUCCUGUGUGUUAUUCAUCAUCUGUAUUUGCUUUAUGUCAUUUUGCUGAUAUAGUUUCUUUGAAUACAAAAAGAUAAAGAUGAAGAAUAGAGAAUGUCAUUUUAAAACAAAUACAAAGUGCUGGCUGGCAUCAUGGUGCAAAGAAAGUGUGUCAACAUUAUCGUAACUAUGGUGAUCUUCAAAACAGGGAAUGCAGAAAACACAUAUUUAUU